AUGGCUCAACAAUCACCACCUCGCCCUAUCCGGGCCUGCAUCUUCGACAUGGACGGUCUCCUGAUCAACACGGAAGACCUCAUCACAGUCAGCAUCAACACCAUCCUCCACGCGCAUGGCAAACCCUCCAUACCGGGCCAUAUCAGGGCGCAACUUCAAGGUCUCCAUCUCCGCGAAGCAAGCAAGAUCCUACUGGAGUGGUCACAGCUACCCCUUACGUAUGAGGAGUACCAAUCUCAGUUAUCGGCGCAGCACCAGAAGACGUUUCCUACCGCACGUCCAUUGCCAGGUGUGGUUGGCCUACUGGACCAAUUGGCACAGUGUGAGAACGUAGAGCUGGCGCUGGCAACGAGUUCUGGGCGUAGCAAGUUUGAGCUCAAGACUUCUCAUCUGCACGGUUUGUUCCGCCAGUUUCCUCCGGACUCUCAAGUCUUGGGCGACGACUCGCGGCUGGGUCCUAACAAGGGGAAGCCAGAGCCGGACAUCUACUUAUUGGCGCUGGACACCAUCAAUCAGAGGCUAAGCGCCCAAGGCAAAGCAAUGAUUACCCCAACGGAGUGCUUGGUGUUUGAAGAUUCUGUGGCAGGUGUGCAGUCUGGUCGUCGAGCUGGCAUGCAGGUCGUUUGGUGUCCACAUUCUGACAUCCGUGUCGAGUACCAGGGGAGGGAGGAAGAGGUUCUGAGGGGCGAGAACUUAGCAAUGAGCGGCGCUCCAGAAGUCCCGUUCAAGGCUCGCAAGAAGAGGAACGACGGCAGAUCGUUGUGGAGCGAAGAUGGUUGGGCGCGUCUCUUGACAACGCUGGAAGACUUUGAUUGUCGUGAAUACAGCAUCGUAUUGUGA